UUGUCAUAACAAUCGGACAGCUCAUGUUUGAGAAACUAUCGAUUAAAACAAUGUGGUCAAAGAGCUGGAGAACCAUAAGAGGUUAUACAAUGAUAUAUUGAAUGAGAGAGGAAAAAAAGCGAAGUUUUACCAGGCUGGUCAGAAAACUUAGCCGGACAAGCUAGCCGGUUUGUAAACUCGGAACAUCCGGUCAGCUAACUGGAUACCUGGCGAGUUGACUUGCUGAGGGCUGAUAUGUGGAGACAAAUGUGUCUAUGAUGAAUCAUUGCAUGAGCCACUAUCGAUCAAUUUACUGAGGAAGUGGUCCAGUCAAUUAACAUAAUCUGCGCCAUGGACGAGGUCACUCCAACUUUGAAGCCUAGACGGAUUCAAAAUCAGAACGUGGUUCACCGUCUGGAGAGGCGUAGGAUCUGUUCUGGUCGGUCUGGGGCCCACUGGUAUCGGGUGCGUUGCUUCCACCAGAAUCUGUUUCCCAAUUUCACUGUGGUCAAUGUGGAGAAGCCACCCUGUUUCCUCAGGAAGUUCUCGCCAGACGGACGCUGCUUUAUUGCUUUUUCCUCUGACCAGACCUCGCUAGAGAUCUAUGAAUACCAAGGCUGCCAGGCUGCUCAGGACCUACUUAGAGGGCAGGAGGGGGAGACUCUUUCUACUGCCAAUGACCAACGCUCCCUCAACAUCCGCGGCCGGCUGUUUGAGCGAUUCUUCUCCUUGCUUCACGUCACUAAUGUCGCUUGCAAUGGAGAACACCUGAACCGGGAGUGUAGUCUCUUCACCGAUGACUGUCGCUACGUCAUCGUUGGCUCGGCCGUGUAUGUCCCCGAGGAGCCCCCACCGUACUUCUUUGAGGUGUACCGAAACAAUGAGUCGGUUACUCCCAACCCUCGGUCUCCCCUUGAGGACUACUCUCUCCACAUUAUCGACCUCCACACGGGCCGGUUGUGUGACACCAGGUCCUUUAAAUGUGACAAGAUCAUCCUGUCCCACAACCAGGGCCUCUACCUGUACAGAAACAUCCUGGCUGUGCUGUCAGUCCAGCAGCAGACCAUACAUGUUUUUCAGGUCACCCCAGAGGGGACAUUUCUGGAUGUGAGGACCAUCGGCCGGUUCUGUUACGAGGACGACCUCCUGACCCUGUCGGCCGUCUACACGGAGGCCCAGGCUGAAGGUCAGCAUGGCUUCCCCCGCCUCUACACCGACAAAACCAUCAACUCCCUCAAACACAGACUGCUAGUGUACCUCUGGAGGAAGGCGGAGCAGGACGGCAGCGCCAUGGCCAAGAGGAGAUUCUUCCAGUUCUUUGAUCAGCUGCGGAGGUUGAGGAUGUGGAAGAUGCAGCUGUUGGAUGAGCAUCACCUUUUCAUUAAAUACACCAGCGAAGAUGUGGUCACACUCAGAGUCACUGACCCUUCACAGCCGUCAUUCUUUGUUGUGUAUAACAUGGUAUCGACAGAAGUGCUGGCGGUCUUUGAGAACACAUCCGACCAGCUGCUGGAGCUGUUUGAGAACUUCUGCGACCUUUUCAGAAAUGCCACACUGCACAGCCAGGCCGUCCAGUUCCCUUGCUCGGCUUCCUCCAACAACUACGCACGGCAGGUCCAAAGAAGAUUCAAGGACACCAUAGUGAACGCGAAAUACGGUGGCCACACAGAGGCGGUGCGUCGCCUGCUCGGCCAGCUGCCCAUCAGCGCCCAGUCCUACAGCAGCAGCCCAUACCUGGACCUCUCCCUCUUCAGCUACGACGACAAGUGGGUCUCAGUUAUGGAGAGGCCCAAGACCUGCGGCGACCACCCUAUUAGGUUCUACGCCCGGGACUCAGGCUUGCUGAAGUUCAAGAUCCAAGCGGGCCUGCUGGGUUGGCCUGUCAAUCACGCCGUGCGGCGCCUCGUCGCCUUCACCUUCCACCCCUUUGAACCCUUCGCCAUCUCUGUCCAGCGCACCAACUCGGAGUACGUGGUUAACUUCCACAUGAGGCACGUCUGUGUGUAAGAGGAGGAAGGGUGCUCGCGGGAACAAUGGAGAACCUACCUACCUAUUUAUCUAUCAGUCUGUCCAUCUUUGGAAGCCUACACAGUUAAACCGGCAGUCUGUCCACUGUUUCUCUGCCUUUUCACCCAGUCCACCCUGUGGGAGAACACUGUCCCUCUCUUCUCUUACCUCUUAAAAAGCACUCACUCUUCCUCCUCCUCUCCCUCCAGUUAGAAAGCAGCAACCCUAUCUUACCUUUCGCCUCCUUCGCAUCACCUCUGCUCCCCUGUCCCCAACUCCCCCUCCAGCAGAGACUGAACUGUCGGGGAGGAAGGUUAGUAAAUGUGUAAACGGUGAAGUAUGAGGAGGUCAUUUAUGAUAUGGGAGCUCUUGGUAGGAACCAAAGAUGAUGGUGGGUUUUAUUAUUUGUUUGUUUGAUUUUAUUGUGGACUGAAAAGUGCCUCGUUCAUAUCAGAACUGCAUAAGCACAGAGUAAAGGAACUACACGGAGGAGAAAGGGGGGAUUUUAUGUUCUGUCCUUUAAGAUUUUUAAAUAUUAAGUGGAUGUAUAUAUUUU